CCUCACUCCACAGACAUGUCGCACAAUAGCUGAAGUAAACCUGUCACCGUCCGCGGCUCAUCAUCUGAGCCUCCACAAACACACUGCAGCUGGGAUUUCAAUGGCACAGCCUCUCCUCUGUCGCUCCCCUCGCGUCGGACCGUACGUUUGAAAACGUCUGGAUAUGAAUUAUGAGCAUUUUCCUCACUAAUGAACUGGGCCAGUAAUGCAGGAGACCGCGGCGACUCUCUCAUCACUGUUUCAAGAUGGCAGAUUUUCAUUGAGUUUUGAACAGAAAUCUCCCUUUAUUCUUUUGCCAUGAAUAACAGAAAUCCUUGCACCGAUGGCCCCUGUAUACGAAGGUAUGGCCUCGCAAGUGCAAGUGUUCUCCCCUCACACUCUCCAAUCAAGUGCCUUCUUUAGCGUGAAGAAACUGAAGGUGGAGCAGAGUUGUAACUGGGAUAUGACAGGGUACGGCACACACAGCAAAGUCUACAGCCACAACAGCAGCAAGAACUUGUCGGCCGCCAGUGGAAUCCUCGGCAUUAACAGUUCCCUGCAGGUUGUCAGCUCCACCCUGCCCUACGAGCAGGCACUCAUCUUCCCAGCCAGCGCGGGCCACAUUGUGGUUGCCUCAGCCAGCAGCACUUCGGGGGCCGUGGGGUCUCUGCUGGGCAGCGGGGGUGGAGGCAGCAGCAGCAACAGCAGUGGUGGUGGAGGUGGCGGCGGCAGUGGCUUGGGUGGCGGAGUUGGUGUUCACAACCUGACACGCCGCAGCACGGUCAGUCUCCUUGACACCUACCAGCGAUGCGGGCUUAAACGCAAAAGUGAAGAGCUUGACAGCAACAGCAGCGUGCAUAUCAUUGAGGAGCACGGCCUAUCGAUGAUCCAGAACGGAGCAGUCAGUGGAGCCACGGUGGCCACAGCCACCUCCACCGCAACGUCCAAGAACAUCGGCUCCAAUAGCGAGGGGGACUACCAGCUGGUUCAACAUGAGGUGCUUUGCUCCAUGACCAACACCUACGAAGUGCUGGAGUUCUUGGGGCGAGGAACCUUUGGACAGGUGGUUAAGUGCUGGAAGAGGGGCACCAACGAGAUUGUGGCGAUAAAGAUCUUGAAAAACCACCCGUCGUAUGCACGGCAGGGUCAGAUCGAGGUCAGCAUCUUGGCGCGUCUCAGCACAGAGAAUGCAGAUGACUACAACUUUGUGAGGGCCUACGAGUGCUUCCAGCACAAGAACCACACGUGCCUGGUAUUUGAGAUGCUGGAGCAGAACCUGUACGACUUCCUCAAGCAGAACAAGUUCAGCCCUCUGCCGCUCAAAUACAUCAGACCCGUGCUACAGCAGGUGGCCACAGCGCUAAUGAAACUGAAGAGCCUGGGGCUGAUCCAUGCUGACCUAAAGCCAGAGAACAUCAUGCUCGUGGACCCGUCUCGACAGCCCUACCGGGUCAAAGUCAUUGACUUUGGCUCAGCCAGCCAUGUGUCAAAAGCAGUCUGCUCUACUUAUCUACAGUCCAGAUACUACAGGGCUCCGGAGAUCAUCCUGGGUCUGCCAUUCUGUGAGGCCAUAGACAUGUGGUCCCUGGGCUGUGUGAUAGCCGAGCUCUUCCUGGGUUGGCCCCUCUACCCCGGAGCCUCAGAGUACGAUCAGAUCCGGUACAUCUCACAGACACAGGGUCUGCCUGCAGAGUAUCUGUUGAGUGCAGGGUCAAAGACCACCAGGUUCUUCAACAGAGACCCCGACUCCACCUAUCCUCUCUGGAGACUUAAGAUUCAAGAGGACCACGAGGGUGAAACAGGGAUCAAGUCCAAGGAGGCUCGCAAGUACAUCUUCAACUGCUUGGAUGAUAUGGCGCAGGUGAACAUGUCGUCGGACCUUGAGGGGAGCGAGAUGCUGGCAGAGAAGGCUGACAGGAGGGAGUUCAUCGACUUGUUAACCAAGAUGCUGACCAUCGACGCAGACAAGAGGAUCACCCCUAUCGAAACGCUCAACCACCCCUUUGUCACUAUGACACAUCUCCUCGAUUUUCCACACAGCACACAUGUGAAGUCUUGCUUCCAAAACAUGGAGAUCUGUAAGCGCCGUGUCAACAUGUACGACACGGUCAACCAGAGCAAGACGCCCUUUAUCACCCACGUGGCCCCCAGCACCUCCACCAACCUCACCAUGACCUUCAACAACCAGCUGAACACUGUGCACAGCCAGGCCACCAACCUGGUUCCCUCCUCCGCCAACAAUGCCACCCUUUCCUUUGCAAGUCCUGAUGUCUCUAUACUAAACUACCAAUCUGCACUCUACCAGCCCUCUGCUGCCUCCAUGGCGGCCGUGGUCCAGAGGAGCAUGCCUCUGCAGCCUGUACCUCCUCAGCUCUGCGCUGCCCGGCCCGACCCCUUCCAGCAGGCGCUCAUCGUCUGCCCACCUGGCUUCCAAGGGCUGCAGGCGUCCCCUUCCAAGCACACCAGUUACUCUGUGCGGAUGGAGAAUGCUGUUCCCAUAGUGACGCAGGCCCCUGGUGCCCAGCCUCUGCAGAUCCAACCUGGCCUGCUUACACAGCAGGCCUGGCCCAGCGGCACCCAGCAGAUCCUGCUGCCUCCAGCCUGGCAGCAGCUCACCCACACCUCAGUCCAACAUGCCACUGUCAUCCCCGACUCCAUGAGCAGCACACAGCCUCUCACCAACUGGAGGAAUUCCCAUCCUCAUGGCAGCCAUUAUAAUCCCAUCAUGCAGCAGCCAGCCUUGUUGGCUGGCCACGUCACGCUCCCAUCUAACCAGACGCUCAAUGUGGGAGUGGCACACGUUAUGAGGCAGCCCGCAACCAAUAACAACUCCAAAAAGAACAAACAGCACCAGAUGUCUGCCAGGAACAUGUCCGCCUACGAGGUGUCGUCCUCUCAGGCGGUGCUGUCCCCGCAGCGCUCCAAGCGGGUGAAGGAGAACACGCCUCCACGUUGCGCUGUGCUACAGAAUGGCUCAGCCUCCAACUGCCAGCCCCAGCAGGGCUGUGGUUGGGGGGCUAGCGAAGCAGAGCAGGCUUCCAGCACCACCCGCGACCAUCAGCACCAGCACCACGUCCCCAGACAGACCAUCAUUAUCCCCGACACGCCCAGUCCUGCAGUCAGCAUCAUCACCAUCAGCAGUGACACAGAUGAGGAAGAUGACCACAAACAAAAGAAAAGUUCAUCUUCAAAGCAGCGGAAGAAUGUCAUCAGUUGCGUGACGGUCCACGAUUCACCCGACUCCGACUGCUCCAGCAACAACAGCCCCUACACUGUGGAGUCCAGACACCCCAACAACAACAGCUACGACACAAAGACCACCAUCCUGGACAACUACAACAACGGGAACCCCCGCACCAUCAUCAUUCCCCCUCUCAAAACCCAGAACAGUGAGGUCCCGAAUGAGUGUGAGCGCCUGAUGUCAGAUGCAAUGAACCAUCAGAAUACAGUUUACAAAUUCAAAUCCUCCAAUAUAGUGCUGUCUGGCAAUCAUCACCUCCCAGGAGGCGUGACCGGAGGCGUGACCUACCGACAGCAACGCUCGGGGCCACACCCCCUCCAGCAGCAGCCUCUCAAUCUCAGCCAGGCCCAGCAGCAUAUGGUAGCUGAGCGAAAUGGCCAUCGGCGCCAGCAGGCCUACAUCACCCCCACCAUCGCCACUCAGGCCCCGUACACCUUUCAUCACAAUAGCCCCUCUCACACGGGCAAUGUACAUCCGCACCUGGCAGCCACACACCUACCCGGCCAGCCCCACCUCUACGCCUACACAACCCCUGCUGCUCUGGGCUCCACUGGCACCGUGGCUCACCUGGUGGCGUCACAGGGCUCGGCGCGCCACCACGCAGUCCAGCACGGAAGCUACCCACCAAGCAUCGUCCACCAGGUCCCAGUCAGCAUGGGCCACCGUGUGCUGCCCUCGCCCAACUUGCACCACAGCCAGUACCAGGCCCAGUUUGCUCACCAGGCCUACAUCAGCGCUUCGCCCGCCUCCACUGUCUACACUGGAUACCCGCUGAGCCCCACCAAGGUCAACCAGUACCCUUACCUCUAGAGAAGACACUGACCGACACUGGAGAGCCUGACCCAGCGCUGCUGCUGCCCCCGAACCCACUCGCCCUGAGCCCCGUCGACAUCCUUAACAUCCUCUCCUCGACCUCAGACAUAUACAGAGACAGAGGAACAUGCAAUCCUCAUGAAACUGUCACGUGUAACUUGAAGAUAUAACGACAAAGAGAAAAAGAAAAAAGAUUCACAGCCUCUCUAGAAGGGAAAGAUGGGGUUGAAUUUCAGAGGGGUACACUUCAAGAUGUUUUCUUUACAUUUUUUUUUCUCCUAAAAAGGGCCAGUUUUUGCUUUUAUUUGUCUAUUCUUCGCUUUACUUUAUGAGUAAAAGUAAUGUCUCAUUAGUUUUACAGGGACGUUAGAAACCAGCCCUUUGGGACAGUGGAGGUUUUCAGAUUUCUUUUUCUUUUUUCUCCCCUCUUCAAUUUGGGAAGUGACUAUUGAACAGGGGUUACUGACUGGAAGUUUGGAAUCCCAAGAGAUUUGGGAGAAGGUGAAAUACGGAAACCUGCUGCUCUUCAAAGAAAAAAAUAUUGAUGGCCUUGAACUGUCUUAAUAUUUCCAAAUCAUUCAUGGUGUGGGGAGAAAAGAGAGGCAACUCCUCCCACUCCACCUUCUCCAGCCGAGGAGGCUUCUGGAAAUAUAACCAACAGAAGACAAAAAACUUUUUAGUGUAUUUAUAGAUAUUUUUUCCUUUAUGUUUCACCUUUAUGACGAUACUUCAGCUUUUUUGCUAGGUGUCUUAGCUGGGCCCCGUUCUUAGAAUGUAGCAGUCUGCACCAGUUUGUUUUAAGAUGAAAACUUUGUUUUUUUCAAAUACCAAUAGAUUUAUUUGUUCCUCUUUUUUUCAAUGUGAUUGCACAAAGUGGUUAUAAUAACAUAGGCAUGUACAACGUGAUUGUCUGUGUGUGCUACUGUCAGCCAUGCGUGUGUAGUCCACCUCCUUAAAACUCUCUUCAGUCUUUAGGUUUUUGACCAUUGUUCCCUCGUAGUGCCUUACAGAUAUAACGACACAGUUUACUUGGCUUGGAUCCUGAAAGCCACAAGAGACUAUAGCUAUACUUAGAGAGACAUGUUUCCCUGGUUUGGCAUCCUAGUCGAGGCAGUUGUAGCUCUCUUCCAGGUGUAGGCUCAGCCCUUGCUGUUUCUUGUCCUUAAUGACAGCAUACUAAUAGAUGAUGAAGAUUAAUGUCAGAGUUGAUAUCACGCUGAGCUAUUUUAUUAUGUGUGCAUGAGAUAACUUGCCUGGGGUACUUACCAAAGUCAUAGAUAAAUUCUUGUUACAUUUUGCUCUGGAUAUUAAUGUAAAUAUGAAAAUGUACAGACUAGCUGUAGCUGUAAACCUCUAUCACAGUGGCACCCAAAAUGUGGCUUUAGUUUGGAAUAUAUCUGUCGUUUUUAUACUCACACAAGGGAAUUCAUGCAGCGUGAUCACAGAGACAAUAGCUCAGUUUUCAAGUACAUGGAAUGAGUUACAGUACAAUGUUUGAGACACAGUAGAGGUUGUUUGUUUUAAGGUUAAAAGCUAGUCUGAGAGAAGGGCCUGACAGAAAGUGAUUGUCGCCAUGAGGUUGGUUCUGUGAGGCUAUAGGGAUAGCCGGGUCUGCAGAGAAGAGGCAGAGUAUCGAGGGUUGUUUGAGUGAAGAUACUGUGUAGGCACGAGUGAGAGGGCUGUUUGAAAGCGUAGGGUCCGUUUAGGUAGGGACUGUGGAGGGCAGGGUGAAACGCUCUACCUUAAAUGGGACUAUAAUGGUAGCAAGUUGGCACUGAGCAGGUUGAUAGUAACACUGAGCCCGGGUGGUUGGUAGGAGCCCAAAGAGGGGGCACUACCUUACCUGAAUGCACCCAUAUAAUUCUGACGAGAAUCCUUUGUGUUGUUGUCGUUUGUUACUCCAGCAAAGAUAAUUGGAAGUUAUUUGUCGCGCUUGAGGUUUGGGUAGCAUCUAAAAAAAAGCUGCAAGAACAGAACAGAAGGGAAAAGCCACAGCAUACACCUGGAAGGGCACUUUGUGGACGAUUUUUUUGCCACUGUCCAUUUGUCUUCGAACCAGGUACGCCGCAGACAUCGCACGCCAGCCGAUUGGGAUACCUGAACACUUAGAGAACCAAUAGGGCUGUCGCUUUGUGUGUUUGCUGCUUGAUUUAACAGACUUUCUUUUCCUUGUAGCCAAUGAUACAAAUAAUCUCCUCUGUUCAUUUGUCCUGUUGAACAUUUAGGCACAUCAGUACCGCUGGUGGUUUAGUGAAAGCCUUCCCCUCCCUCUCUUUCAUGGUAUGCCAUAGUACUUGCAUUUGAAGUGAUUUUGUUUUUGUUUUGUUUUUUAACUUAACAUUAUCUUGAACUUUUUGGACAUGGCUGUAGUACAUGUUGUGUUUAUUUUUUAGAGAUUGUUGCAAUAAUUCUUGUGGAUGUUUUAUUAAGAGCGUGUGUGUGUGUGUGCGUGUGUGUGUGUGUGUGUGUGUGUAUGUGUGUGUGUGUGUGUGUGUGUGUUUAUUAUAUGUCAGGCUCAUUUCUAUUUUGUAACCUGGGGGUUGAUGUACAGUAAUAUUUAGUAUUCCGUGAAGGUGGGUGCACCUGUGUAAAGUGUUGCAACACUGCUGGUGUUAGUAAGUGUUGAGUUGAUGAUAAUCCAAUGGGGCCCUUAUAGAUAGAUGCUUUGGCAUGAUUGUGCCACAGCCAGGUUUGAAAUACAACAAUGUAUUUUUACAAAUCGCUUGACGGGCCCCAGAGUGGUCAUCCUGGAACUUUUUACCCCCACAACUCUUCACUCCCCGUCAGCUCCAGCAUGCAAGCCCAGGGUCCGGGUAGUUAAAGAUGUGAUUAUAUAGUAUGUUGCAGGUUACAUCAUUCUUCUCUGUUCUGUUGUUGUCCUUUUAUUUUUAUUGUAUCUACUUAAUUUCCUCUAGGUCAUAGGAGCCUAAGCACACACGCUUAAGGGAGAUGAUUUUCCAUUGAAAUCUUUUGGCUCCUCUGUUAUUAUGAGACAGACUACUGAAACAUUCCACUGUUGCUCAUGCUACACUGCUGUGUCCUGUCCCCUCUCCCAUCAGCACGGGGACAGCAUUGUCACACUAGGACUUUUCUUUUUCGCACCUCCCACCAAAGAAUUCAACAGAUCGAUCAUGUACAGCACAGCACAGUACAGUACUCCACAGCGUUGCUAGAGCAGGCAGGCAAUAACUUCUGAUCUCAUCUUUAAAACACUUUUCAAGUGCAUUUGAGGACAUGUUGUUUUACCCCCAAGCAAAUGCAUGUGUGCAUAUGAGUACACACGGAAGAGUUAACAUACUUAAUACAGCACAGUCAAUUUCUUUUCAAAUCUACUUUCAUUACUCCUCACACUUGCGAUGUCAAUAAUUAUUUAACCUCUCUCCAAAUUGUUAUGCCAGUUGUUUCUUUUUUACGUUGUUGAUGUUGUAGCUUUAUUGGUGUUCUAUGAAAAUGAAUUUGUAAACUAAAAGGUUUGUUUUUACAUUAGCGUGCCAUGGAAUAGAAUGACCUGUAAAAAAAUUAAUUAAUCAAAAAUGUACCAACUAUACCUUUAAAACCAUGGUCACCCGCACAAAAUGAAUGUAAUAUGUGACCUGCAGCAUCUGAAAUGGCUUUAGAUCUUUCUCAGUGGGUGGCCAUUCAUUUCAUUUCUACACCAUUUGUGGCCAUGCAUGAUGCAAUAAUUAUACAUCUGAUCUCCAGCAAAAUCCCAUAUUAGAGAAAUAAUGUAAAAUUACCACUAUCCUCAUGAUUGGGGGACAUCAAAUAAAACUAUUUUCUCAAAUGAAACAUCCAAUUAAGAGAAGCCCUGUAUGCGCGACAUUGUGGAAAAAUGACUUGAUGUGUAUGAUACGUUUGUCUAUUACUGUUUCACAUAACCAAUGUUUUGUGUUUUAUAAAAAAGGGGAAUCAGAAAUGUGAGCAUUAACGUAGAUCGAGUGACCUUACAAUUACCAAAAUGUGCUUAAGUAGAGUGUAAAAAAUGUUUUGUGUUGUUUAGGUGAGCAUAGCCUUCCCAGCGAGCGACUUUACUGUUAGAGUACUGCCUUCCAAAUAACCAACAAUACCUCCAAAGGUUUAAGGUGACAUUUAAAUUAGAGGAAACUAAAUAAGGCAGUGUCUCACUCUCUAUGAAGCCUGGCAUUCUCCUAGAAAAUACACUCAAACUUUCAGCUUUGCUCAUGGUGUUAUCGUGAAACAUUCCUGAGAGCAUGAUGGCGCACAGUGCUGCAUUAGUCUUCAGACAAACUCCUCUAAGGUGACUUGGAGCUCGGCAGAAGUGAACAGACAACCCGCAACAUCAAGCCGCUCGUUUAGUAUAAACCAUUUGGCAAAGUCGCAGCUGCCUCCCAAAGUAGGAACAGGUGUUAGGUGGAUUAAUUAUGAGCUGAUGUACUCUCCGUCACCAGGAAAUUCAUAAUCUAGCUACACAAGCAUUCUUAAAGCCCUUUCGGAUGAGAGUGUAUGUUUUUUUUAGGUUUAUUUUUUAUUUUCAUUGAGGAGAUCUGCUCCUUUUGCUGGCUAUUCCUUGGGGGGAAUUCAGGGUGAGGUGGUCAAGGUUUGAUGCCAUCACUGAUAGAGGGUGUCCGGCGAUUACAAUGUAUGAAUUUAAGAACCAAAACUGAUUAAAAUGCGAUUGUUUUCCCACUAUCUUCACUUAUUCUAAUUUGUGUAAAACCAUGGAUAUAUGGAUUCAUUUCUCCAACCUUAAAUCCCCAAAUUUCUGUGUUAUAAGAUCUUUGGUCCUACUUUACACAACUAAAACAUAUAGCUUUCCCCAUCUUACUUUAAGAGAGAUUUCUAGCCAAAGACAGUUAUUUUUGUAGUGUUAAUAAUUCGAAUCUAGAAGCGGUAGACCAAAGCUUACAUUCAAAGCCAGAUUUGUCAGUUUACACUACAAAAAUAAUCAUCCUAAACUAGAGGUCAUGUCAAAGUCACAAUCUCUGGUACGUUGGUACGUUCUCAAAGCUCUGAAUUAGAGUAACUCAAUUUCUCAAAUGCUGAUUUAUCAGCUUACUUACAUUUUCUAAAGACCUAAGAGUGCAUCAAACCCUGACCCCCUUUUGUGUCCAUUGCUGUAUGGUUUCUCAAUGGUGUAAAAUCUCAUUCUUUUUCGAUAAAGCUAAUGUGUGCUGCAGUAUUUCCUAGUAUACUUCUCUGUUAAUUGUCUUUUCUUAUUUACUUUUGUUUAUUGGGGUGUGAUGUCUCAUUAUUUCAAUCUGUUGAUGUAGCGUUCUAUGUAUACCCUGUUCCUUGGCCUAAUAUUAUUAAGUAUGUUAUGAGAAUGGAUAUUUUACUGGCUUUAUAGAAUGUUUAAAUAAAUAUAAUAAUGACAAUAAGAAGAAGGAUUAAUUAAACCUCCUAACAAGUUGAGUACUUGCUACUAAGCUCUUGUGUUACCAUUAUGAUGUUGUGUGCUUCUCUUAAUCAUUUUCGUUGUAGAAAAAUGGAGUGAAUUUAUAUUAGGCUUCGAAUAAACUAAUGAUAGCAUUGUAAAUUUUACAGGAGGAUUUUAACAGACAAACCGCUUCGUCAAAUAGAAGAAUAUAGUUAUUUUAAUUGUCCUCUUUAUUAACUGUAGGGUGAGAAGGGGCUCGCGUUGUGGUGAACUAUGUUAUAGCUUGUUAUUCACUGUUACUUUUGAUCAUUUUUUCGGUCUCCGAGGUGAAUCGAGUUAUUAAUGAGAAUUUGUAUGCUCACAUAUGCAUAUUGUAUAUGUGUAGAAAUGUAAUCACACUUUGUCUUGGAUUUACAUUAAACUGUUAAGUCACGGCA